AUGAACGCGAAUGCAAAUACGAAUACGAGUAAGAACAUGAAUACGAAUACGAACACCAAUACGAACGCGAAUAUGAAUACGAAUGCCAACUGGAAUGCCAAUUCGAAUAAGAAUACGAGCACGAAUACGAAUACGGCGAACUGGAAUGCCAAUUCGAAUAAAAAUACGAGCACGAAUACGAAUACCAAUAUGAACGCGAAUGCAAAUACGAAUACGAGUAAGAACAUGAAUACGAAUACGAACACCAAUACGAACGCGAAUAUGAAUACGAAUGCCAACUGGAAUGCUGGCUGCUGGCUGCUGGCUGGCUUUGGAAGCUCGAAUUUGGCACUAGCGCACAAAGAAAAGGUAGUUGAAAAGAAAAAUACGCAGCCGCGACGCAGCGAUAAACUGCAGCAGCCGUGA